ACGCACGCGAAAGACAUUUAUUAUAGUCUGUAGGCGGCUGUUUGAUUGUAUAUGUACAAUCUCUAAGAGAUCCUGCUACAUAUAACGCAAGCCAACUGUGUAAAUCAUGCGGAUAUCAAUACAAUUUAUGGUUGCUUUGGCAUUAUUGGUGGUGAGUGUAUAUGGGUUGACCGAAGACUUAUCACCAAUUGAGACAACUGAAAUGUUGAGGCGAGAGACUUGUCCGCAGGUCAAGGAAUGUCAAGCUGAACAUAUGGGGGUGUUGAUUGGCAUAUUUGUGUCAGGGCUGAUUUUCUUCCCGCUGGGUUACAUCACAAGCGUCAUCAUCAACAACAGGCGCAAUCCAGAGUCACAAGAGUACAUCGGAUUAAAGGACGGCACGACGGAUGAUGAGGAUUUCUAGACAUUCAGUAUAAUUCGGCCCAAUCGGGUGUGACAAACUUAGUAUAAAUACAUACAUAUAAACAGAGAUUUUAUAUGAGUAUACCAUAGACUAUUAAAAAAGUGAUAGGCUACGAGUA